UUUUACAAUGCAACAAAAUAUUUAAAGAGCAUAAUGCUAUUAUGCACAGAAAAUAUAACAGUAUAUUACUCAGUCAUUUGUAUUAGGUUAAACAAGGAUUUGAUAACGUUUUUCAUUUAAGGACCACCCACAAUUGGUCUGGCCCAUACAGAACUGGAAUCCUGACGCCGUGCCUGGGCGGAAGUAGCGAAGCGAAAACCGAGCGCCUCUCGUUCUCGCUGGCGUAAAAACAUUGCGAUUUAUUAAACAAACCGGAGGACGACACGGCGGAGACAUGUCUUAAUGUCUUUUAUACCUGAGGCCAGCAUUAGGGAGACCACGUCCCGUCCGUUCGUGAUCCACAUGAGGGAUGCGGAGAGCAUGCAGCCCCCCUACAGAAGGGGUGCUGGGGUGUGGAACCAAACCAAGAGCCUCCUCUACAAGAACGUUCUGAUCAAAUGGAGGACCAAGCAGCAGAGUCUCCAGGAGCUGAUCCUGCCCCUGCUGCUGCUGGCCCUGCUGAUCCUCAUCAGCAUCCUGAACCCCCAUGUCUACUACAGCAGCAUCUCCACCAUGGAGCUGGAGCGCGAGGACCACUACUUCCUCAAGGGGCUGGGCUACACACCCAUCACCAACGUCACCACCCACAUCAUGGAGGAGGUGGCCCAGGAAAUGCUCAUCCAGGACCGGCUGGAGAUGUUCUCGAGCGAGGAGGAGCUGGAGAACGCCAGCCUCCACGAGCCCUCGGGCUUCGUGGGCGUGGUGUUCCUGGACGCUGCCGCCACCUCCUACCGGCUGCGCUACCCCUACAACCAGCUGCCGCUGCCCAGCGACUACACCGAGUCCAUCGCUAACUGCUUCGCCAGCUCGCUGAACUGCAGGGCGGCCAACUACUGGUACUCUGGCUUCAUCCGCCUGCAGUCCCUCAUCGACUCCACCAUCAUCCAGAUGCAGACCAAGCGCUCGGUGUGGAGCGAGAUGAACCUGCGGGUGGUGAUGAUGGGCCAGCCAGGCUCGGUGGAGGUGCAGAAGUUCUCCCACGCCCUGAUCUCCAUCUACCUGGUGCUGACCUUCACGCCCUUCGUCACCUUCCUCAUCGUCAACGUGGUGGCGGAGAAGGAGCAGCGUCUGAAGGACACCAUGACCAUGAUGGGCCUGUACGACACGGCCUUCUGGCUGUCCUGGGGUCUGCUGUAUGCGGGCCUGGUCCUCAUCAUGUCCGUCCUGAUGGCGCUCAUCGCCACCACACCGGCGCUCUUCCCCAACAGCGACUUCUUCGUCAUCUUCCUGCUCAUCUUCCUCUACGGCAUCUCCUCCAUCUUCUUCUCCUUCCUGCUGACCCCCCUGUUUAAGAAGCCUAAGUUUGCCAGCACAGUGGGCAGCCUUCUGACCGUGGUGUUCGGCUGCCUGUCGCUCUUCACCGUGCUCAUCAACGACUUCCCCCAGCCGCUAGUCUGGCUGCUCUGCCUGCUGUCCCCCAGCGCCUUCUCCCUGGGCAUCGCACAGGUGGUGUAUCUGGAGGCCCAGGGUGACGGAGCAGUGUUCUCCACCCUGACCAACGGCCCCCACCCGCUCUACGUUCCUCUGCUCAUGCUGCUGCUGGACUGCGGCCUCUACCUGCUGCUGGCCGUCUACCUGGACCAGGUGCUGCCCGGGGAGUUCCGCAUGAGGCGAUCGGUCCUCUACUUCCUGAAGCCGUCCUAUUGGUCGCAGCGUAAGAAGCGUUACGUGGAGGUGAGCUCUGUGUACGAGGCGGAGGUGAACGGCGUCCCCGCUGGAGAGGAGGCCAUCGAGCCCGUGUCCCUGGAGUUCAGAGGCAAAGAGGCCAUCCGCAUCCACAACAUCCAGAAGGUCUUCAAGGAGAAGGACAGCGUGGUGAACGCACUCAGAGGCUUGACCUUUGACAUCUACGAGGGCCAGAUCACGGCCCUGCUGGGACACAGCGGCGCCGGUAAGUCGGCCCUGAUGAACAUCCUGUGUGGCAUCAGCCCGCCCAGCGGGGGCGCGGCCAGCCUGUACGGCCAGCCCGUGGCGGACCUGGCGGAGGGGCCGGAGCUGAAGCAGCUGGUGGGCGUGUGUCCGCAGUUCAACAUCAUCUUCGACGUGCUGACGGUGGAGGAGCACCUCAACAUCUUCGCCGCCAUCAAGGGCAUCCUGCCCGCCGACGUGGACGCGGAGGUGAAACGGGUUCUGAAGGAGCUUGACAUGGAGAAGAUCAUGGAUGCCCAGGCCAGGAACCUGAGCCGCGGCCAAAAGAGGAAGCUCUCCGUGGGCAUCGCCAUCCUAGGAGACCCUAAGAUCCUGCUCCUGGACGAGCCGACAGCGGGCAUGGACCCGUGCUCGCGGCACCAGGUGUGGUCUCUGCUGAAGAAGCGCCGUGCGGGCCGGGUCACGGUGCUCAGCACCCACUACAUGGACGAGGCCGACAUCCUGGCCGAUCGCAAAGCGGUGAUUUCUCACGGCCAGCUCAAGUGUGUGGGCUCCUCCCUUUACCUGAAGACCAAGUGGGGCGUGGGAUACCACCUCCGAAUGUCGCUCGGUGACGGCUGCAAGACGGAGAGCAUCCAGGGAGUGGUCCAGCAACACGUCCCCACGGCAACGCUGCUACGGCAACGGGACACGGAGCUCACCUUCACGCUGCCCUUCGAGAGCAUAGACGCCUUCACAGGCCUGUUCUCUGAGCUCGACUCCCAGGCACACCUCGGGGUGGUCAACUACGGCGUCUCCAUGACUACGCUGGAGGAUGUUUUCCUCCGCUUGGAGGCCGAGGCAGAAGUGGACCAAGCCGACUACAGCGUGUUCAACCAGGACCAGGAGGAGGACGAGGGGGACUCCUGCUCCCUGGACGACACGGACCAGCGGCUGCUGACCUUCUCCGACGGGCGCUCCAGCCCCGCGGCGGGACGGGCGCUCUGGAGGCAGCAGUUCAGCGCCGUGGCCUGGCUGCACAUGCUCAACAUGGUCCGUGAGAGGAAGGCCUUCAUCUACAUUCUGGGCAUGCUGCAGGUGUUUGUGCUGGCCAUGGUGAUGCUGUCGCUGGUCACCGGACACAUCCAGAUCCACUCCUCGGACCGCGAGUUCCGGCCCCUCUACCUGCUGAAGAGGAGCCAGGCUCCCAGGAAGUACGCCACCAGCCUGCUGGUCCAGAACUCCUCCGACUCGGACAUCUCCGGCUUCAUACACAACCUGGAGGCCCAGGACAUCAAGGUGGAGCUGAUGAAGCAGAACGACUACAUGGCCGCCGCCCCGCACAGCGCCGCCAUCAACGUCACCGGAUCCAGCAAGGGCUUUGAGUACAGCCUGGCGUUCAACAGCACCACGGUGCACUCCCUGCCCAUGACCGUCAACGUCCUGAGCAACGCGCUCCUCCGAGGCCUCAACGGAACCGGUCGGAUCCGGACCUGGACCAAACCCUUCGACUACCAAAUCCCCGACACCAUGUCCUACGUCAUGGUGUACAUCGAGGCCAUCAUACUGGGCAUGUUGGCCGCUGGGAUGCCGGCCUACUUUGCCAUGGACCACACACGCGAUCGGGAGAUCAAGUGUCGCUCCACCCUGCGUAUCUCGGGCCUGAUGCCGUCGGCCUACUGGUGCGGCCAGGCGGCUGUGGACGUACCCCUCUUCUACCUCAUCCUCUGCUCCAUGGUCACCAUCUUCUUCGCCUUCCACACGGGGAACCUGCUGAGCUCCGUCAACAUGACCUGCGUGAUGGUGUGCACGGUGGGCUUCGGACCGGCCAUCAUCCUCUUCACCUACGUAGUGUCCUUCGGCUUCACCCGCGUCCAAAGCAACCGCGACUUCCUGUCUGUCAUCUCCAUGAUGGUGUGCAUCGUGACGGCCUCCUUCGUCAAGCUCCUGUUCAUGAACGGCAACCAGCUCCUCACACGGACUCUGCUCCUCCUCCUGUGCCUGUUCAACCCCCUCUACCCCCUCAUGGCCUGCCUCAACAUCAUCACCAAGGCCACCUUCCUCCCGGCGCUCUACACGGAGAACCUGCUGUGGAAGAACCUGAUGGUCGCCGUCAUCGCACCCUACCUGCAGUGCGUGGUCCUGCUCUACCUGCUCUACUGGCUGGAGCAGAGACAGGCGGGGGGCGCCCCCAAGACUGACCAGUUCGGAAGGUUCAUCGCGCCCCGGGCGGAGCGGGCCCCCGAGGAGCCUCAGAGUGAGGACGAGGACGUGCGUCUGGAGCGUGGCCGCGUGGCCGAGGCCCUCCGGGGCCCCUGCACUGAGGAGAAGCCCGUGGUGGUGGUCAGCAACCUGACCAAGCAGUACAAAAGGGAGGGGGAGGACCCCCCGCUCAGCAGGAGAGGGAAGCUGGCCGCCCAGAACGUCUCCUUCUGCGUCCGCAAAGGAGAGGUUCUUGGGCUGUUGGGCCCCAACGGCGCUGGGAAGAGCACAAUCAUGCACAUGCUGUCAGGGGACAUCCGCCCCACUGCAGGCCAGGUCCUGAUGGACGACAGCAGCUCGGAGUACCGGCCGGCGGGCGCGGCCCAGCAGCAGGUGGGCUACUGCCCCCAGGUCAACCCGCUGUGGCCCCGGGUCACGCUCCGGGAGCACCUCGAGUUCUACGCCGCCGUCAAGGGGCUGCAGGGGUACACCGUCCCCGAUGUCAUCAAGCGCGUGGUGAACGCCCUGGAGCUGAAGGACCACCUGGACCAGCAGGCCAAGAGCCUGUCAGCGGGGGUCAAGAGGAAGCUGUGCUUCGCGCUGAGCAUGCUGGGUAACCCCCAGGUGGUGCUGCUGGACGAGCCGUCCGCCGGGAUGGACCCCAAGUCCAAACAGCGCAUGUGGCGGGCCAUCCGCUCGGCCUUCCGGGACCGCCAGCGGGGGGCCGUCAUCACGACCCACUACAUGGAGGAGGCGGAGGCCGUGUGCGACCGCGUGGCCAUCGUGGUGUCGGGACAGCUGAGGUGCAUCGGGUCCAUCCAGCACCUGAAGGCGCGCUACGGCCGGGGCUACAGCCUGGAGGUGACGCUGAAGGAGGGGCCGGCCGGGCUGCAGCCCGCCGCACUCCUGCACCACGAGAUCCUGCGCAUCUUCCCGCACGCCGUCAGACAGGAGAGCUUCACCACUCUAAUGGUUUAUAAGAUCCCCAUGGAGGACGUCCAGUCGCUGUCCAAUGCAUUCUCCUGCUUGGAGCGUGCGAAACAAUCCUUCAACUUCGAGGGCUACAACUUCUCCCAGUCGACGUUGGAGCAGGUGUUCAUGGAGUUCGCCAAGGAGCAGGAGAAGGAGGAGGACGAGGGGGGCUCCCUCAGCACCACCUUCCAGUGGCAGCGCCUCCACCCGGACGGCGCCGCUCCACCCAACCAGCCGGACAGCAUGGUGCAGCAGCUCUGAGCACCGCCGCCCCCUGCAGGCCAGGACACCACCGCCCCCUACAGGCCAGGGGAGGAAGGACAGGACUAAAGCGUGGCACUGGCGGUGGUGGUGGAGGUGGUAAGGUCCCCCCCCCCCCACCUGCCCCCCACAGACACAGGGACCACAGGGACUCUGUGAUUGGAUGGACCCUGGUUUGGAGGUAGAGCAUCCAGGUGUGUGUGCGUGUGUUUGUAUUAUGCUCUUUUGUAUUAUUAUUGUUUGAAAUGGGUCGGUCAAAAAAAAAAAAAAAGAAGAAUUAUAAGACUAAAUAUGAUGCGUAUGCUUUUCUAAUUGUGUCUGUUGAAGGCGGGGAAUCAGUAGUUCCACCUGUUCUCGCUCUGCUCCUCAAAUCGUGGCCCGUUGGGAAGUUUCUUUGUGAAACUGUCUGUGUGUGGUUGUCUGUGUCUUUCUGUUUGUGUGUCAUUUAACACUGGUCCGUCCCGAUCCAACCUCCAAGUACCAAAGCAGCGCGUCUUUAAACCACUUCACACAGAUUGUGCACACACCUAAACACCCUGCUGUAACACGGGGAGGAGUUUCUACACGCUCAGUAGCAUGUGAAUAAAUGUUUAUAAAUUGAAGAACAGUUCCAAGAGAGGCCACUUGUUGCAGUGCAGGUCGGUCUGCAGUGACCUCUAGUGGUUCCUCGCACUGAUUGCAGAUGAGCGCAAAUCCAGACAAUAGUAGAAGACGCGGUUCUCUUCUUCUUCGCAACAGCAUGCAAGCCAGAGAGAAGGCUGUAUUAUUGUGAUUAUUUGCUUAGUUUUCGUUUGGCAAAGGAUGGUCUUGGGGUUCUAUGCCUGUUGCAUGGACCUAUUAAAGAAGGCGUUGUGUCACCUCUCCUCCUUCAACGCGGCAGAGCUACCGUGGGCAGAACACCACAGAAUAUGCACAACAGUACAUGUAGCACACACGCGACAUUUGUCUCGAAUGCCAUCCUCAGUUGUGGAGUGUGUGUGUGUGUGUGUGUGUGUGUGUGUGUGUGUGUGUGUGUGUGUGUGUGUGUGUGUGUGUGUGUGUGUGUGUGUGUGUGUGGGGGGCAGAUCAAAGUACUAUGUGUAGCUUGUCGUCACAGUUUCACUUUGGUGCCACUUUUAAACACACCGAUACGUUUUGGUACAUUUAUCUAACGGGAAUGGUGUGUGUGUCCUAAUGCUAUAAACAUGUAAAUAUGUGUGUGUGUGUGUGUAAGAUUAAUCCACUUUGGGUGUGUAUCUAGCCUGCACACGAGUUUAGAUCUGAUGUAAUGUUGUCUAACGGGGUUCAGAUGACCCAUGCAGGAGCCGUCUUUACACAACGCACUUCCAAAUCUACUGAGGCAUUGCCUGCUUCUGUUGUGAUUGACUCCUUUUUAAAAAAAUUAAAACCUGAAAUGAGCAACUCUGGAUAACAGCAUGAUACUAAUGGCGGCUGGCUUGUUCAAACGUUACCGCACUCCGAGCACUUCUCCAGCUGGCUGCAGUCCGUCUCUGUUCGAAUCCGAUACUCAAUGUCACGUUUAUUUCUACUUGACUGUUUCAGAGAGCUUGGGGUAUGAGCGUCACCUUUUGGAGUUUAUAUUAUAUCGUUCUCAUUUGUUCGUCCCGUUCAUGUCUCCUUCUUGACGUGGAGAAAGUUAGCGAAAGGGACAGGCCAUGCUAGAGGUGCUAGCCAUCGUUGAUAUGGAAAGGGACAGGCCAUGCUAGAGGUGCUAGCCAUCGUUGAUAUGGAAAGCACUGGCAACAGCCAUCACUAGUUUGUAUUGGGCUAGCUAUCACAUUAACAUCAGGCGUUUCAAGGCAUUCCUGGCCAGGUGUGGUUUUUGGUUAGCCAUAACCAUAAUUCUUUACACUUAAUUUUGGGGUAUUAAAGGCUAUGGAGUAAAAAUGUUUUGUUUAGAUAAUAAUCAAUAAUUAGUUUAUUAUGUCGAAUCAUAAUUACAAUUUCCAGCUGACGUAUCAGUAGGCUCUCGCAUAAUUCAAAAUUGAUUUGUCACAUGAAAGUAUGGAACAAAUAUUAUGCAGGGGGAUAGAAACGAUAACAAAAGCGAUUUGGAUCAUAUUCAAGGAUUAUUUAAUUCUUUAAUGCAUACAGCUGGAAAAAACGAAAAAAUAUAUAUUUGCAGUACAUGAGUGGCUCUUGCUCUUGCCCCUAGAAUCUCAACUCGCAAAUCAUUUUUGAUAUUAAGAUCUUUUAGAUCCUGUAAUAUUUUCCCAGUCUCAUCCUUCCCAGGAAGCCAGCCUUUUGCCAUAUUGUACAAUACAACUGAGAGAACAUAGGAUGGAAUGGUUCUCUUUACCCUCUUUUGCAAUGCUAGUGUGUUCCUUUUGCGUCAAACAUUCUGUAACUUUGCGAUUCUUGUCUCUGUCCAACUUGACGAUUUCUGCGUCCUUUUGAAUAAGAUGUAGCCAGACAAGUAACAUCGACUUUCUUUGCACUUCUCGAAUGCCUGCUACCAGAUCCACAAGAAAACGCAUCCAGAAAAACACUCCUUGCCUCCAUACAACAACGGCAUUAAAGGGCGAUAGGUAUUUCAAUUUGAGUAGUUGUUUUUCCUUGGUGGAGGUACAAUUGCACUAUUUCUGGGAAAUGUUUUAUAAUGGUUCUGUAUAUUAUGCAAUCUUUGUAAGAUUAUCUCUACACUGAUUUUUAUUUUUUAAAGAUUGUAGUUUAGCAGUGUGCUGUAAUUUUGCUUCUUUCUCUAGCCUUAAUAUUAAGAUGAUGUUGAUGGUUUUAUCUUUGUGGUUUCUAUCAUAUCCUGUCAUGAAUAAAAUAAAUGUAAAAUGACUUGGCUGCGAUCUGUCACUUAUUUAAACGGUUCAGUGAUUAUUUACCAAGUACAUGUUACACACUUGUACAUUUGGACCAUCUCUUUAACACUCGAAAAUACUUAUGUUCAGCUGAGCUCACAUGCGCGAGAGGUAAUGCAUGGUGCGAGUAGCAUCCAGAUGCAGCCUUACGCCUCGUUUCCACAUACGUACAUUCUCGUAUGCGAUUCAACCGUCUCCGACCGAAAGUCCAUUCAUUCCUAUGUGAUUCUCCGUAAUGUCCGUUUUUCCUCCGAGACUCCUCCCCUCCGUAAAAUUUCUGUCCGGUAUGUAAUAUACGUUCAAAAAAUUUAACUUUCGCCGUCGUUUUACGGAGAUACUGUAUGAACGUUUUUAUGUUUUUCACAAAACUUGUAAGUACCUGGCAGGCCAAACUCCUCACCGAUCUCUUUCCAAGCCUGGUUGGUUUUGUUUUUAUCUCUGUAUAUGUCGAUCCUCAUGUUCCAAAGUACCGGUCUCCUAAAAACUGCCAUUAUCAUACGCUCCCACAUCUUUUGUCUACAUUUUCGUCCGCUUAUCCGGGGUCGGGUCGCGGGGGGAGCAGCUCAAGCAGGGGGCCCCAGACUUCCCUUUCCCCGGCCACAUUUACCAACUCUGACGGGGGGAUCCCGAGGCGUUCCCAGGCCAGUGUUGAGAUAUAAUCUCUCCACCUAGUCCUGGGUCUUCCCCGAGGUCUCCUCCCCACUGGACGUGCCUGAAACACCUCCCAAGGAAGGCGCCCAGUGGGCAUCCUUACCAGAUGCCCGAACCACCUAAGCUGACUCCUUUCUAAGUAAAGGAGCAGAAAACUCAUCUCGGCCGCUUGUACCCGCGAUCUCGUCCUUUCGGUCAUCACCCAGCCCUCAUGACCAUAGGUGAGGAUAGGAACGAAGAUCGACCGGUAGAUCGAGAGCUUUGCCUUGCGGCUCAGCUCUCUUUUCGUUACAACGCAAUACCGCCCCCGCUGCUCCGAUUCUCCGGCCAAUCUCACGC